AUGUCGUCGGUCCGACAAGAUCUCGCGGUUGAGAAUAUACCAACGACCAAUACAACACUUCCCACCACUAACGACUUGCCGGACUCGAGGCAAACCCGGAAAGACAUUCAGGUCCAGCUUCAAUACCUCAAGGAUGACCCUAUAUACCGCGAGCAAAAGCCAUUACAGAUUACGCCCAACUUCUUGGACAAGGAGAACAAGACAAACGUCAAGCUUUCCCCUGGUCAUCCAGAGACGAUCCAGGACGUCCGAGGUCAAGAGCGCGACUUCACACUCGAUCGCAACGGAUUCAAAUAUGUCCACGCACCUACGAAAUUCAAGGACUGGUCUUCACAGCCAAAGAUUGCCGAAGAGUACUUGCCGCAGUUAGAGACAUUGCUGCGAAAAGAAGUAGAUGGAUGUGACGAGAUUAUUUUCUACGAUGCCCGUAUCCGUCACGCCGAUGAUGCCGGACUGCGAGUUGAAGGCCUCAGUUACAAUCCUUUCGCCAAGCAGGUUCAUACAGACAACACCGAGAAGAGUGUCCUGAUGAAGAUUCGCAACCUCACAGAAAUGAAGGCAGACUACCUCCUCUCCGGACGAGCACGCAUUAUCAACAUUUGGCGUCCCAUCAAGCAUCCUGUCUAUGACUGUGGAUUGGCUAUCGCUGAUGGUGGCAAGUUGAAGACCGACGAUGUUAUCGAAUGCGACCGCCACCGACAGGACACUGGCGAGUUUUGGGAUACGAUGGGUGUGAUCAAGUAUCGACCGGGUUUUGAGUGGUACUACAUGUCUUACCAAGACGAGCCAGAUGUCCUCCUUUUCAAGAAUCAUGACACCGCGACGGAUGUCGACGCCCGAACGUGUCUUCACACUGCUUUCGAUCUACCACCAGACACAGUUCCUGCUGGAUCGCCCACCCGAGAGAGUAUCGAAGUUCGUGCGCUCAUCUUCACGUACCCGAUGAACAGCAGUCGACCAUCAGGAAGCUGGUCAAUGCCUCAUCCACUGGCAGAGAGCUUGAAGCAGAGCCACCUCAAGUCGGUAGACGUCGAGCACAGCAUAACCGAUCGCUUGCGCACGGAUAUUGACGAAAGCCAUGAGAUCAAAGAUGCCGUACUUCUUCUCAGGAGGCAAGAGAUAAAGAGGCUCGAAGCAAUCGAACAAGCUCUCGUCGUCGAGAAGGAUAUUCUUGCGAAUGAGCUGGACACGGCUAAGAAGCAAGUCGAGAUUCAGACAGGACACUCCGAAGCACUACAACUCCAGGUGCAGGAAUUGACGCAACAACUCAAGCAGCAUCAGCCCGAGUUGAGAAACCAGGUACAGAGCCUUUCCGCUGAGCUGGUGGACGCACGUCUACAGUUGGAGCAUUUGCAAAAAUCUGCCGCCAGUCAGAGCUCCCUUGGCAUCGAGCCUGACGAGCGAACGAUCUUACUGCAGCAACUUGAGCGAGCAAACAUGGAAGUAGAGAGAUGGAAGGCAGAAGCUAUGGGGAUUGGAAGCGAAGCUGUCUCGAGGGCGUGGCAAGGGAGCGUCGAUGAGGCUAUUCGACGUGAGAGGGAGAAGGAUGCCUUUGUUAUUGACAGUCUCCGAGCUGAGAUUGAUAAUUUGAAGGCGGAUCGUAAUACUUCUAGUGAACAGUGA